GACGUCAUUCGCUCGUUUCUCUAUCCUUCUCUUCCCCAUCCCUUUUCUCUUUCUCCUAAAUCUUCCCGGGAAAGUCGCGAACUAAGCUUAUUCUGCUGGUCGUCAUGGCGUCAGAUUUUGCUCCGACAGUUCCCCCAGAGCUCGAAUCUGUUUUAAGGUUUAAGACUGUUGAAUACUUUGUUACAAGAAGGCCCUGGCUUGAUCUUUAUGGGGUUAAUGUGAGGCCUGUUGCACCAGUUGGAAGUGCAAGCAGAAAGCCUUGUGUGGAUUCUGCACUUAUACAUCGUUGCUUACCUGAGGAAAUGCUCUCUGAGGUCUUUGCCCGAAUGAGUCCGUAUGACUUGGGAAGAGCAUCUUGUGUCUGUCGAAAAUGGUGGUACACAAUUCGUAACCCUGUAUACUGGCGCAAUGCAUGCUUGAAGGCUUGGCAGAUCUCUGGAGUAGUAGAAAACUACAAGAUCUUGCAUUCAAAGUAUGAGAGUUCAUGGCGGAAAAUGUGGCUCCUGAGACCGAGGUUACGAACUGAUGGUCUUUAUGUUAGUAGGAAUACUUACAUUCGAGUUGGAGUUGCAGAGUGGAGGACCACUAAUCCAGUCCAUGUGGUCUGCUAUUUUCGGUACAUGAGAUUUUUUCCUUCUGGGCGAUUUCUUUACAAGAAUUCUUCUCAAAAAAUUAAGAAUGUUGUGAAGUGCAUGAACUUUCGAUCUUCUAAAGCAGACUGUGUCUUUGGUGGCCACUACACAUUGUCAGAUGAUAAGGUUGAAGCGGCUGUCUUGUAUCCAGGCAUGCGGCCUACUGUGUUGAGGAUUCGCUUAAGGUUGAGAGGGACAACUGCUGGGGCUAAUAAUAGGAUGGACUUGAUCUCGCUUGUCACUAGUGGUGUGAAUGAUAGUGAGGCUAGUAGACCUGAGGAAGACAUUCUUGGAGUUGUUGAGGGAUGGCAGGAUGAUGAAACGCACAACCCAGAUGUGCCAGCAGUCUCACAUAAGAGGGGCACGACACCCUUUGUCUUUGUUCCAUUUGAUGAGGUGGAGACGUCAGAUUUCAAUCUGCCCGUGGAGAAGAUGGAUUAUUUUGUACCUGGUUGACUAUUGCCCGGGAGCAGUUCUGGGUUAUUUGUAAAUAAAUCUGUUGAUUCCAAUAUAAGUUCAUCCGACUUUGUGCAUUCAUACCUAUGGAUGACAGUGGGAUGACGAUAUCGAUGCCUGCGUUAAAGCUGCGGAGUUAUUUUCAUUUUCGCUUUGAUUGCGUUUAUAUGCACGACGCUGCUAUCUUGUGAAUUUAAUUACCGGAUAGACUCGCCUAGCUGCAGCUGAGAGCAAGACCUGAAGGGAUACGUUACUGUAGUGAUUUUUUUUUUAAUGUUGGGCAUGAUGGCAGCACAGGGAACCUGUUAUUAAUGCUUAAUCAUGUAUCUUAUCCCCUUGAUAUCAAAAUGGUUUGUUUGAAUUAGACAAGUUUUUUUGACAAAUCUAGUUUAAAUGCCUGUAAAGAUUAAGCAACCUCUGAUUCUCUCAUGCACAUGUUAUGAUUGGGUUCAAA